CCACCAAGAAGACGCAUCCCAGCGAUGCAGCUUGCUUGGAUUCCAUAGUAGAGCCAUGUAUGAGUCAUACCCCUACGGUUGGUUUGGACAGCGACAUCAUUCUGGACUUGACAGAAACGUCAAAUCACCAUGGCAACAGCAACCAUAAUGAUGAUGGGCAGGCCAAGCCUAUUCUCGGAACCUCAAGUACAGCUUGUACAAGUCAAGAAAUGGUAAACGAAACGGUACAGGAACCAACUCUCACAACAGUGGCAGAAAAGGAACCCAAAAAGGACACUCCUCUGCGACCGCCAACUACUAAUACUACUAGUAUUAGUAGUAGGGCAGAAAAGGAAACUAAAAAGGACGCAACGUCAAACGAGAAGAGUGGGGAUCAUUACCAGCAGCAACCUAAGGACGAUGUCCGUGAAGAAGAAGAAGAUUCCGAUUUGAGAAUGACAACAACAACCUCCAACAACCACAGCACCUCGUUACAAGUGUCGGCACCAGCAGCACCAGCACCAGCAGAAUCCGAGCCAGGAGCAUUUGCACUAGGACCAGGAUCCCUCGGUCGUGAAAGUAGUUCGCAUGCCACUACGGUAGUGUACAACGACGACGACCAAGACCACGAUGACAACGAUGGUUCGGUCCUCAUCAGGAGCAGACAACCGUCCGUCGAGCCUGAACCAGAGUUGGUCACUGCCUUUAUUGUGGAGGAGGAGGAAGAGAGUAGUAGUAGCAGUAGUAGCAGUGAGCCGGGAACAAUAAAGGACUUGGAAGCUGUCAAGGAGACUAUUCGGCAGCAAGUACGAGAGGAAAUCAUGCAGGAUGUUGUGCAAGCAGAUCACGUCGAGGUGGCCCAACUAGCCCCGCAAGAUGAUGAUGAUGAUCCUGUCCAAAAUGCACAAGACGGAGCCGCCAAGAAAAACCAAAGGAUGAUGCUUCUAGCUGCCGGUGGUCUUGCAGUUCUUAUAUUACUCCUGGUCAUCGUCGUCAUCAUUUCAGCUGUUGUUAUUGCAGUGUCCAACAAUAAUAAGUCGUCGGAGGAGGAAGAAAAGGAAGAACAAGAAGCACAGACGUUGGUCGUCCCAAUAAGCACCAGUGCACCCACUCUGUCCUUUGACUUGGCGCUCAUUGAAGGAUUGCCAAAUUUCACAUUGGCAUCAUUCCAGGAUCAAACCUCCCCGCAAUCCAUGGCCUACCAAUGGGUAAGCAGUGACCCUGACAUCUCUUCCUACAGCAAUAGUAGACGUCUUCAAAGGUUUGCCCUGGCCACACUCUACUUUGCUACCCAAGGGGGCCAGUGGAAAGAUCAAAACUGGCUCCAUUAUGGGGUGGAGAAAAAUGAGUGCACAUGGUUCACAAGGGACGAUGACGAGCAGUAUCCUGAGUAUUCAUCCCAAUACAAUCUAAAUCCUUGUUCCAAUGACAUGGAGUACAUGUUCCUCACACCAUGGGACAAUGGCUUGGCUGGGACUCUACCACCAGAGUUGAGUCUGUUAACGAAACUACAGAUCAUGGACUUGUCAGCCGAUCCAAUAGCUGGAACCAUCCCAACAGAGUUUGGCCUUUUAACUGAUCUGCGACAGCUCUGGUUUUCUGACGCGCUGUUGACAGGGACAGUCCCAACAGAGAUAUUCUCUUUGACAAAACUGGAGGUUUGGGGGGCGCACACAAACCGCUUCACUGGCGGGAUUCCCACAGAAGUUGCCCUGCUUACAAGAUUGGAGAGGCUUUUCUUGUACGGUACAGAGUUGGGGGGGCCAAUUCCAUCCGAAAUUGGAAUGCUUUCUCAACUCGCCGAAGCCCACUUGGAUGCCAACCAAUUGACGUCAACCAUACCCACCGAGUUGGGAUUGGCAACAUCUCUCAAAGAUUUCUUUGCAUAUGAAAACAAACUCACAGGCCCACUGCCAUCAGAACUGGGCCAGCUGCAGGGUUUGGAUGGAUUGCUUCUGCAUUCGAAUCAGUUGACAUCGACCAUCCCGAGUGAACUGCAAGGGCUGCCCUUUCUUUCCCAUUUGGAAUUAGAUGACAACUUUUUGGAAGGAAAUGUGGACAACAUGAGUUUUGCUAGCCAACAGUUCAUGACUUUUCAUAUCCAUGGGAACAGCAUGUUAACUGGAACGAUUCCCAUGGGGCUUUGCAUGCUGGAAGAUGCUCUUGAGUUUGACUGUACACCCGGGCAUCUCUGUGGCUGCUCUUCCUGUGAUUGUGAUCUGUUUGAUAAUUCUACCGCCCCGGCACCAACAGGGAAUGCCACUGAUGAGGAUCUGUCUGUUUAAUUUAUUUAUUAUUCUGCCAACAUGGCAUGUGACUUGGAUGGCACCUUAAUUUGAACCAGCGCAGCACGGGAACAAUAGUAAUCCCAGGAAUAACCACAACUAGUGUAUAGUGAGGACCCAUCA